AUGUUCGUGCGUCAGUCUUGCGGUCGGGACAGCGUUGAUCGUGGGCUUACGCACGAAAAGGCAGAGGACGAGAAAAACGAAGAGAGAGAACGUGAAUUCUUGGAUUACUCAAGGACGCGAACGUAUAUUGCGCCGCUCUUGCGCAGACUGCGCACAUCCCCCACCGAACUGAGCGGACGGGAACAAGAGGCGAAACCGCCAUGUCUGCGGCUCGACGAG